AUGGGAGAUGCAUACACGAGAAUCUCUAUGUAUUGUGCUUUCUUCCUUUUCAUCGGCCUGCAGUUCGCGCAUGGAGAUGUGAGCUACUCUGUCGCAGAGGAGAUGAAACGCGGGUCUGUGAUUGGAAAUAUAGCCAAAGAUCUUGGGCUCGGGAUUGCUUCACUGUCUUCGCGUAAAGCUCGCAUUGACACGGACAGGAAUGGCAAAAGGUACUGUGAUAUUAAUCUAAGCACCGGGAAUUUGAUUGUCACUGAGAGGAUCGACAGGGAAAAUAUUUGUGGUAAGAAAGCGACCUGCGUUUUAAAGGAAGAGCUUGUCUUGGAAAACCCUUUGGAGCUUCAGCGUAUCAGUAUUCACGUGCAAGAUAUAAACGACAACGCCCCUGAGUUUAGUGAAGACUUGAUUUCAUUUGAAAUAAGAGAAUCAGCAGACAAAGGCGCAAGAUUCCUGCUUACUGAAGCCCAUGAUGCUGAUAUUGGCACAAAUGCGGUGCAACGCUACAGUUUACAAACUAAUGAAUAUUUCACAAUUAAUGUGAAUACAGAGAUUAGUGGACGGAAACACUCCGAACUGGUUUUGGCAAAAGAAUUAGACCGAGAGCAAGAGAACGAAUUGAAAUUGGUGCUUACAGCUUUGGAUGGUGGAUCUCCUCAGAGAUCAGGCACUGCGAUCAUACAUGUUACUGUAUUGGAUGCUAAUGAUAAUGCUCCAGUGUUCAGCCAGGCCGUUUAUAAAUCCAGUCUACCCGAAAACUCCCCUUUAGACACUGUAGUGGUCACAGUGAGCGCAACUGAUGCAGACGCAGGACCCAAUGGUGAUAUAACGUAUAAUUUUGAUCAUGUGUCUGAUGACCACGUGUCUUUCUCACUCGAUCAUAAGACAGGGGAGAUAAAAGUCAAAGGCUCUAUUGAUUAUGAAACGGAAAAUUCCAUUGAAUUACGAGUGAGAGCAAAAGACGGACCAGGUCUUACCUCGUAUUGUACCGUAGUCAUAGAUAUAACUGAUGUCAAUGACAACCCACCAGCUAUCAGUUUAAAAUCCCUGUCUAACCCCAUACCUGAGAACGUGUCACCUGGUACAGAGGUGGGAAUCAUUAAUGUACAGGACAGAGACUCUGAGAAUAACAGACAGGUCCGCUGCUCCAUCCAGCAAAACGUCCCUUUUAAGUUGGUUCCUUCUAUCAAAAACUAUUAUUCUCUGGUGACCACAGGACAUCUGGACCGUGAACUAGUGUCUGAUUACAACAUUACAAUCACUGCCACUGACGAGGGCUCUCCACCUCUAUCCUCCUCUAAAACUGUUGAGUUAUCUGUAGCUGACAUCAACGACAACCCACCUGUGUUUGAGGAACAGUCCUACAGCGCAUAUGUGAAUGAAAAUAACAAACCUGGCUCCAAUUUAUGUUCCGUUACUGCUCGAGAUCCUGACUGGAGACAAAACGGUACAGUGAUUUAUUCUCUGUUAGCUGGUGAGGUGAAUGGUGCACCAGUGUCCUCCUAUCUAUCUGUUAAUGGAGACACAGGAGUGAUCCACGCUGUGAGGUCAUUUGAUUAUGAACAGUUUAGGAGUUUUAAAGUCCACGUUAUGGCCAGAGACAAUGGUUCUCCUCCACUCAGCAGCAACGUGACUGUGAGCGUGUUCAUAUCAGAUGUGAAUGACAACUCUCCUCAGAUACUAUACCCUGCCCGUGAAGGCAACUCAUUCAUGACUGAGCUGGUCCCCAAAGCUGCACAUGGAGGCUCUCUGGUGUCCAAAGUGAUAGCGGUGGACGCAGACUCUGGACAGAACGCUUGGCUGUCCUAUCAUAUAGUCAAAUCCACUGAUCCUGGACUUUUCACUAUUGGUCUCCACAGUGGAGAGAUCAGGACACAGCGGGACAUUUCUGAAUCAGACAGCAUGAAACAGAACCUUAUUGUGGCAGUGAAAGAUAAUGGACAGCCCUCUCUCUCCGCCACCUGUUCCAUAUAUUUACUUAUUUCUGAUAACUUGGCUGAGGUGCCAGAACUGAAGGACAUUUCUUAUGAUGAGAAGAAUUCCAAACUGACUUCUUAUCUGAUAAUUGCUCUGGUGUCUGUGUCCACCUUCUUUCUGACCUUCAUUAUCAUCAUCCUGGGUGUGAGGUUUUGUCACAGGAGAAAGCCCAGACUGUUGUUUGAUGGAGCAGUUGCCAUCCCCAGCGCUUAUCUCCCUCCUAACUAUGCAGAUGUUGAUGGCACAGGAACUUUACGCAGCGCUUACAAUUAUGACGCCUACCUGACAACAGGUUCAAGAACAAGUGACUUUAAGUUUGUGACAUCUUACAAUGACAACACGCUGCCUGCUGACCAGACUCUGAGGAAAAGUCCAUCAGACUUUCUUGAAGCUUUCGGAGAUUGCGAUUCUUCUCCUGAGGUAAGAGUGUCAAGCCUGUGA